CACCGUGAGCGACGACUCUGCAGGCCAGAACGGCACCGUGAGCGACGAUGCCGCCGCAGGUGGCAACAACGGCACCGUGAGCGACGAGGCCGCUGCAGGUGGCAACAACGGCACCAUGAGAGACGAGGCCGCAGGUGGCAACAACGGCACCGUGAGCGAAGAGGCCGCAGGUGGCAACAACGGCACCGUGAGCGACGAGGCCGCAGGUGGCAACAACGGCACAGUGGGUGACUAUGACUACGAAGUCCAAAAUGGCACAAAGGGCGCCGACGCCGCAGGCGGCAACAACUGGACUCUGGCCGACGAAUCUGCAGGCCAAAACGGCACCGUGAGCGACGACUCUGCAGGCCAAAACGGCACCGUGAGCGACGCCUCUGCAGGCCAAAACGGCACCGUGGGCGACGACUCUGCAGGCCAAAACGGCACCGUGGGCGACGACUCUGCAGGCCAAAACGGCACCGUGAGAGACGACUUUAAAGGCCGCAACAGCACUCUGGGCAAUAGUUCCUCUUAAGACAUUUUGGCUUGUACCUACUUUUAAUCUCUGGUGUUAAAUAAAACUGUCCCUGAAAUUGC